AAGGAAGCUCCAGUCUACCGCGGAGCACCUUUGCCGCAGUCUAAUCACCGUUCGAUGCGUGGAAAAUGAUGUGGUUUGGGAAAGUCAAAGAUUGGACGGUGAGUAGUUGAGGGAAACGUACGCGAGGGAAGGCAGGAGGGAGAGCUUAAGAGCGGAUCUGGGAAGGCUGGACCCUCCCAGGAAACCUCACUCCAAAGUCACUUCUUUGAAACUCCCGAGACUUCUCUCUCUCUCUUUCUCUCUCUCUGGUGGUGGCGGUGGCGGUGGCUUUGGCUGUGGCGGUGGCGGUUGUGGUGCUGGUGGAGGUGGUGGUGGGGGAGUACAGCUUUACACCUCUUUCCCUCUCGAUAGCUUUCGUGUCUCUUUCGCCAAGUUUCGUUUUCAAAGAGUACUUGGCGAGCAGCAGCUACGAGAUUGCCUGGUUGCCAGUUGUUAUUAGGUUUGAAUUGAAUGCUGAGCGAAUCCAAUCAAGCUCGGCUAGGGUUUCUGAGCGAAUGCAGCACCGAAUCAUGGCCUCGGGUGCGGGAGAAAUGUGAAGAUUCGUGCUUGCGCGAGGUUUGGAUUUGGAGGUUUGAAUUUUGAAUUCGAAGCCGAAUCGGGCUGAGUAGGGAGAUGGAUCCGCCGUCUCUGAUCAACGAAGGAGCGUUUGCUUCUGACAACGCGGCGGCAUCGUACAAUUUGGCUGAGAUCUGGCCGUUUCCGAUCAAUGGCGGUGGGGGGAGCGGUGUUGGAGUGUCCGACGGCGGGUUGGACAUGAAGAGGCCUCUGUUUGGGCAUGGUUUGGGUCAAUUUGGAGAUGAUACUGGAAAUUCGAAUCGAGAUGUCGCCGUAGACGGUCCUAUGGCUGCGGAACAGAGAGGGAGUCACGGCGGCGCUGCGAGGAAGCGUCAUGAUGCUGCACAGGCGGAAGAUGACUCGGCCAAGCUCGUCUCCACCAGCGGUGGCAAUGGCAUGAAUAAUUGCAACAGUAAACGUCUUAAAACAAUGGGAUCAAGAGAUGAAAACCGUGAUUCUAAGGCCGAAGUCGAUGUGAGCUCAGGUAAGCGAGGGGAAGUAAACUCUCAGCCGCCUGAACCUCCCAAGCAAGAUUAUAUACAUGUACGAGCAAGAAGGGGUCAAGCUACUGAUAGCCACAGUUUAGCAGAAAGAGCUAGGAGAGAAAAGAUAAGUGAGAGAAUGAAGAUUCUCCAAGAUCUCGUUCCCGGUUGCAAUAAGGUUAUUGGCAAAGCGCUGGUUCUUGAUGAGAUAAUCAAUUAUAUCCAAUCGCUACAACGCCAAGUUGAGUUCCUCUCCUUGAAGCUUGAAGCAGUCAAUUCAAGAAUGAGCCCUGGCAUUGAAGGAUUCCCUUCAAAAGAUCAAACAUUUGAUGCUGCUGGUGUGGCAUUUGGUUCACAAGCAACGAGGGAAUAUGUGCAGGGUUCAGCACCAGAAUGGUUGCAUAUGCAAGUUGGUGGCGGUUUUGAAAGAACUACAUAAUUUAGUUAAUCCUCUUUAAUUUAGAAAUAAGAGCAUUAAGAGGCCAUUGUUUUUACAGUAGACUGUUAAAUAUACGCAUUAUCUUCAAUCAAUGAGAGACUAUCUUCCAUUUUCUGCAUCAGGUGUGGAGCUGUUUUCUUUUCUGUAAGGCUGUUGUACUAAUAUGUGACCAUCUCCAUUUCUGUCUGCUAGAAAAUGAAUUCUCUCCCUUUUUCUUUUUCACUCCCAUAUAUCACACUGCAGGCUUUAUUUUCAAAUCUGUACUUGCACUCAAACAGGACCUCCAAGAAUGAGUAUGGUUGUAAAAGAAUGAUGUUGUUUCAGAAUCUCUCAACUGUAACAUCUUUUGUGCCAAACCUUUUCUGGGAUUGAGUCUUCUUAAAAUCCAAAAAGUAUGUUUCAAUAAACUUUUAAUACCAA